CGGCGCGGCCGGCACCGGAAGUGGAGGCGAGCUCCCGCCUGCAGCCGCGUCUGCAUGGCGGGGCCGGGUCCUGCUGGUGGCGCGGUCGCCCUCGAGGUGCCCGAGGAGGAGCGGCUCUUCCUGCGGCACCACCCGCUCCUUAGCCCCGCGGGGCCGGGCAAGGUGAGAUGCAGGCUGACAGGCCACGAGAUACCGUGCCGGCUGUCAGAGCUGCAGGCUUAUACUAAUGGCAAGAAGUACCAGCGGCUAAUAAAGACAGCCAGAGAGUUUGACUAUGGCAAGUUUGAGCCCCAUAUAGUGCCCAGCACAAAGAACCUACACCAGCUAUUUUGCAAGCUCACUCUCAGACACAUCAACAAGCUUCCAGAGCACGUGCUGCGUCAUGUCCAGGGGAAGCGCUAUCAGAAGGCCCUAAAAAUGUAUGAGGAGUGCCAGAAGGAAGGAGUGGAGUACGUCCCUCCCUGCUUGCGACAGAAGAAGCAGCGGACGCAGCACCCCGAUGACCACACGAACGGGAGCAGGCAGCCUUACAGAAAAGAGGAGUUCUGGGAGCCAAAGUCCAGUGAUGAGGACGGAGAGGAGACUGACGACAGCAUGAGUGACUUGUACCCACCUGCGCUCUUCCCAGAAAAAAGCCCAUCAGCUCCACAAACCUCGAAGGGCAGCGAUGACUUUGCAACAGACAGUGAGGACGAGGGGGCCAAGCAGAACGGUGAUGCGACCGGCGAGGACGGCAGGAUGGAUGUCAGCAGAGCAGUUGGCAGCAAAAGGGGAAAGAAACAGUCAGGCCCUUUAAAGAAGAAAUUCAAGAGUCGUCAUCGAAAACCCAAGAACUUCAAGAAAGUAACCAAUGGCAAAUAAAUUUUAUGAUAAAGAUGUGGCCUGAAGCCUGUUGUCUAACAAUUCUAGAGGGUGCCCAGGACUGGCUGAAGUGUCUGCCUGUUCCAGCUGGGGAGGGGAAUAAUGGGGAGAAAUUCAGUAAUUAAGUUGUAUUCUAACAGCCUCAAGCCACCCCUCCGCCACAGGAAGGAUCACUGCUGUGGUCAGGUACAAGCAGCCUGGUGCUCAGAACUCUUGAAGGAAAGAUGAUUUCCAGUAGGCAGGAGAGAAAGCACGCCAGGCCCCUACUGCGCGUUUCCAGGUCGUCUCUCUGCGGAGCGUCACUAGUCACACACGCCAAGUGGAUACAAAGAUGCCAUUGUUUUAUUUUGAUUGUUUCCAAAAAAAUCAAAACAUUUUCAAACACAACUAAGGUACAAAAUACAGCAUAAAAUGAGAAUUUAUACUUAUUUCUUUUUCCACAUAGAAAGCAAAAAUAUAUUCAGAAUGAAUUCCGGAACACUUUGCAGAGCCAAUUGAUAGCUGACAUCCUGCUUGUGAGAGCUUCUCAGCCACGGGGAGAGGUCACUGCAUUUUUCGGAGAUGCAUGAAUACAGCAGUGUACGUAGGAAACCAGAAUCUUCUGCAUCAGGACUCACAGUUAGUAAGUCUGCACCUUGCGCUGCCAAGAAAUGUCUUAUAAUGCCCUCCCACCUAACUGUGCCCCUUCAGUACCAAAAUAUUUCUGCUGCAAUAGACAGUAUCUCUUCCUCUUCUGGGGCCUUUUAGUAGAAAGGGGACUUGAUUUUCACACAGGAAACUGGCCAAUACUUCACUCUAGUCCUUCAUCCAGCUCCUUAGUUCAGACACAAAGUUGAGGAAGGCAACUUCAGGGCUACUUACAGGAGUUGUUUCUAUCAUCCUAUUUAUAAAUACUAAGAGCAUUAACAGCAGUUAAGAUAUCUGAGGAUGGCUGCCUUGGUCUAAAACCAUUCCGGGACCCGCAGUGAAACUGAGCAAAGCAUCCUGUGCUGCCUCUCCGUAACUGAAUGGACCAGUUUCUUUUGCAUUGAGGAGACAGGCACAGUGAACACUUGAGGUGAAAACUUCUCUCACAGAACCUAUUUAAAAAGAGCCUUCUACAUGACCUGAACUUGAAUGCUGGCUUCCCCUCCCAUCUACCCCACAUACGAAUCCCUUUCCUUCAGUGGCAGCAGCACAUCUUGCUAUUACAUAGGCUAUUUUCCCCUUAAGAUGAUGAAAUCACUGGCUAAACAUUCAGCCGUGCUCUUCUGUUUGUCAUCAGUUCUUUCAGCCUAGUUUUUCUCUCCUAAAAUGCAACCUUUAAGCUGCACUGUCCAGGUUAGUGUCCUUACCCGGAGACCCUGGUAAAUAGCUCCUGCUGGAGGUGUUCAGCUGAAUCGCUCCUUGAACAGCUGAGCAGCUUUCUCAAGGGAGACAACAGUGCAAGGAAUCAACGUAGCAUUAGCAAGUUGGUAGGGCUCAUGCUUUCUAGAAUUCUUUCAUGAUCUAGUGAAACAGGUACACCUAGUUGACUAGCAGAGGACAAAACACCUCUGAGCAGCACUAAGCAUGUUCAUGGCACAGAGGCUGUGGCACUGAGAGGUGAAAACAGGGCCUUCCUCUCUCCUCACCAUUACGCUGAAGUUCCUCUCCGAACAUGCAAGUUACUUCCCCAGCUGCCUGAUUUGCUGCACAGGCUUCGCACUUGUGUUCUCCAGCUGUAACUGCACACAGAGUUGAGAACUGGGGCUAUGGCAGCACACAGCUGACUUCCAUGUUCCCCCCCUACACACCUCUGGUGCGGUCCGAGAUGGCAGAGGGAAGGGGCUGUACUCCCAAGUUCAGCACCCUGGCUCUUCCACUGUUCAGUCACUGGGACUUUCACAGCUGAGAGACUGACUAGAAGUGAAUCUAAGAAGCAAAGACUACAGAUUAGAAGAUUGACUGCUCUCAUCUUGCACGUACUGAGUGCAGGCGAACGGGGAGCUUCUGUAAUUCUGAAGACAUGUUCACCAAUAACCUCAUUUUGGAUAUGAAUUUAGGGCACAUAUGGGUGGAAGCUGGUUAAUAGCAGAAAGGAGCUUUUAUUAUGGAAGCUGCAGCAAACUUGAGUCCCUUCUUGGGAAUUUAGGAGGGGCAACUUUGGGGAAAAGAAUAUUGAAUAGAGUUCUUUUGGCACAGAAUUUUAACAGAAUCUAAUGUUCUGCUUCUUCAGGAGUAUCUCCCCCCUCUUCCUUCUUGAAAGCUGAUUAGCCAUACAGGAUUCCUUCUUAGCAAUACAGGAUUCUCCCUUGUUCCCCUCAAGAGAGAACUGGGACAUGUUAGAAAACCCUCUCCCUUUUCUGACCUAGAAGAGGGUACAACUACUUACAGGGUUUUCUUUAGGGGGCAGGAAAGGCCUUCCCCUCUUGUUAAACAUAAUGGAAUUACAGGCCUCAGAGCAGCAAACCAACAGCAAUUUUUUCUUUUGAUGCUGCUUUCCACCUUGAUAAGCAAUGCUAUAACCAGCAAUGGAACUCCUUAUGCACAAGACAGUUUUGAUGAGGGUGAGAAAGGGGAUCCACUUUUUUAGUUAUAACUAGAACCUGACAGCACACUGAAUGAUACAGCUGUAUCUGCUCACAGUACUUCAAAUUUUAAAACAUUGCUGACAUUAAAAACAGCAACUGUUCUACUGCACCUCACUGAAGCAUCAGCAAAAUGCAGGUUCCUUGGGUUAGUUCCAAAUCUAGGAAGUUAGAAUAAGCCUAGGCAACAUUCUGUGAAGGAACAGGAUUUUAUCUAUUACAUUACUGGUGCCACUGUAAAUCAAUUUCAAAACAUCUGUGCCUUUAAUAGGAAGGGGGCAUGUAUGUGUAAAAUGCUGGCAGUUUUUGUUGAAUCCAUAGAGAAUCAGUUCUGGACUUAAUACAUGAUGUCCCAAGAAGUGUUGCUAUUCCUGUUACCACUCUUUUUUCUUCUCAUCCAUGGAGACUCCGCCAGGGCCCAGUGCAACCACGAGGAGGAGCCCUCCAAUUACAGACAUGGUCUGGAAGAAAUCGUAUUUGAGGAAGUCGUGCAUGGGCUUGUAGGCUGGGACGGUCCAGAAGGCAUUGAAGUAGAUGUUGAUGCCAAACAGCCAGAUGACUAGAGUCAAGGCAGCCAGCUUAGUCUUGAAGCCAAUUGCCACCAAGAUAAUCAGGGCUGUGCCCACAAUGUUCUGCAGAAU